AUGAAGGUCGAACGACUGCCUAUACAGCAUUGGCUGUCUGUCAACGAUCAAGGGUCGAUUGCGUCCUAUAAAGUUGGUGAUUUGAACGUCAGACCCGUUAGUUGUGCGCCCCUUCUGUUUGACGUAAUAAUGGGUGACGAGGACGUUGCAGCCCUGGUGAUUGACAAUGGGUCGGGUAUGUGCAAGGCCGGAUUCGCCGGAGACGAUGCCCCUCGUGCUGUGUUCCCCUCGAUUGUCGGACGGCCGAGACAUCAAGGUGUGAUGGUUGGGAUGGGACAGAAAGACAGCUAUGUGGGUGAUGAGGCCCAAUCGAAACGCGGUAUUCUGACGCUGAAGUACCCUAUUGAGCACGGGAUUGUGACGAACUGGGACGACAUGGAGAAGAUCUGGCAUCACACUUUCUACAACGAGUUGCGUGUGGCCCCCGAGGAACACCCGGUUCUGUUGACCGAGGCCCCUUUGAAUCCGAAGGCGAACCGUGAGAAGAUGACGCAGAUAAUGUUUGAGACUUUCAAUGCUCCGGCAAUGUACGUGGCCAUUCAGGCAGUGUUGUCUCUGUACGCGUCGGGUCGUACUACGGGUAUUGUGCUUGAUUCUGGUGAUGGUGUGACCCAUACGGUGCCGAUCUACGAGGGCUAUGCGUUGCCGCAUGCGAUACUUCGUUUGGACCUUGCUGGUCGUGAUUUGACGGACUACCUGAUGAAGAUCCUGACGGAACGUGGGUACAGCUUCACGACGACUGCCGAGCGUGAGAUUGUGCGUGAUAUCAAGGAGAAACUGUGCUAUGUUGCUCUUGACUUUGAGCAGGAGAUGGGUACUGCGUCGGCGAGUUCGUCGUUGGAGAAGAGCUACGAGCUUCCGGACGGGCAGGUGAUUACGAUAGGUAACGAGCGUUUCAGGUGUCCGGAGGCGUUGUUCCAACCGAGUUUCCUUGGGAUGGAGUCUGCGGGUAUUCACGAGACUACGUACAACUCGAUCAUGAAGUGUGAUGUGGAUAUCCGUAAGGAUUUGUAUGCGAACACGGUUUUGUCUGGUGGUUCUACGAUGUAUCCGGGUAUUGCGGAUCGUAUGCAGAAGGAGAUUACUGCGUUGGCGCCGAGCACGAUGAAGAUCAAGAUAGUUGCGCCACCGGAGCGGAAGUAUUCGGUGUGGAUAGGUGGUUCAAUUCUAGCCUCUCUGUCAACAUUCCAACAGAUGUGGAUCUCGAAGCAAGAGUACGACGAAUCCGGUCCUGGUAUUGUCCACCGCAAGUGUUUCUAG